UGCUGGAAGUCCUCUAAAGCAAGUGCAAGUCGUGCCGUUGCUGGGACAUCAUAAUUACUAUGCAACUAUUAAAAGGUGCCAUCUGCUCCACGUACUUGUGGAUCAGCAUAGUUUCUGGAGUGUAUGAUCGAUCCAUGCACGCGUGCCUUAAGAAAUAUUAUUCUUGCUUCAAUCGUAGAAGUAUCUACGCUGCAGUAUCAUCUCUUCGGGUAUGAUAUUGUAGAUUUUUAUAAAAAAAAGCUUGUAAAUGCAUAUGUGUAAUCCAAACCGCCAUGCUACGAAUUUUCGAAAGCAAAAAUGACGUAAAUAUUGAUAGAAAAUAGCUCCGAAAUAUAGAAACACCUUGGUAAAGGACUGACAGCGUAAUGUCAACAGAGCUACGCAAACAAAUCGUUUGGUGCCUGAUGUUUACAUUAUUUCUACAUUGUACUGCUCACAAUUUUAGCUACAAUGGAGGAAGAAUUUUUGACUAUUGCUAUGAAACCGACGCUUUGUCGUAUUUGUGCUGUAUUAUGUCCCGAACAAUACUGUAUCUAUGAAGCUGUGUACAAGGAUGAAGCAAUAAGCAUGCAUAUGAUGAUGGAAAAGUUGGUUCCCUCCGUGUUCAAUGCGGAGCAAGUGAAGAUGGAUGAGUUCAUGUGCUGGCCAAGAAAAAUUUGUGCAGAUUGUAAGGACAAGGUAUUGGGUGCGUAUGCUUUAUACGAGCAGUGCAUGAAAAGUGGCGAUCUUCUGAGAGAAUGUAUGUCCCGAAAAACCGAAUCAUACAUAAUCGAAGAUGUGUACGAGGAUGUGAAGCAAAACUUUGUUCUUGAUAGUUCUCUUGAGCUGGCAUCCAACUAUGAAGAUGAUGAAACGAGCGAACCAACGCAAUUAGCUCAAAGACCAACGCUUAAGAGGGCUGCCCGAAAAUGGCAUAUCGUGGAAAGCACGCAGCAGGAUAUUUCAUCGUUUAAUAUAAAAUCCGAUGUGAUAGAAGACCGUUCCCCCACACCAACGGAAGAUUACGAGCUACACACAGAUGAUGAAGAUGAUGAACAACAAUCCCAUAGCGCGUCCACAUCAAGUAAAAAAGUUUCACGCAAUACUUCCGCACGACAACGAAAGGCAUCGAAGCGUGGUUCUGCCGCUGGCAAGGAAAAACCGCAGAGAAAUCAAGCAAGGGCUAAGCGAAAGGUGCAAGAACCUAAAGAAGACAUUUCGGACGAAACGAAGGAACCGGAAACCAAGGUAGAUACAUACCGCUGUCUGCUUUGCAAUGCGCCGACCUACUCCUCGCCGAAAGAACUUACGGAGCACUUGAAAACGGAACAUCCCGAUCAGAUUCACUGUUGCACACAGUGUCCGAAGGUGUUCAUGACCAAAGCGGCCUUUGAGCAUCACCAGUACUGUCACGCUACUGGCCGAUCGCAUUUCUGCAUGUUUUGCGACAAAGGGUUUCAAACGGAGCAGCUGCUUAAGAAUCACAUACGAACGCACACCCAUGGUACAGGCUUUUUGUGCUCCCAUUGCGGUCAAGAGUUUAGCAACAGAAGCAACCUUCGACAGCAUCUGAUUCGUCAUACUGGCGAUAAACCAUGGCAAUGUACCUUAUGCCCGAGCCGCUUCAGCAUGAAAAGUUAUUUAGACAGACAUCAACAUACACAUACGAAAGCUAAAUACUUCAGCUGCGACACGUGUGGAUCUCAAUUUAGCAGACAUUACUCAUUAGUAAAACACCAGCUUAUCCAUACGGGCGAUCGCUACUUUACCUGUGAGGUUUGCAAUAUGAGAUUCACCUCAAGCCAUCACGUAAAGCGUCACAUGCUUACGCACACGGGAGAAAAACCAUUCAAAUGCACUUACUGCGAGCGUAGCUUUACGCAAAGCAAUGAUAUGGUGAAGCAUAUGAAAGCGCACGUUGGUAGCAAUCCGUACCAGUGCGAUCGUUGCGAUGCAUCUUUCCGGCUGCUCACGGAUCUACGGAAUCACUACAAGGACCAUUAUCAGUCGGGCAACAAAGAGGCACUUUCAGGCGAGGAGGAUAAAAACAUACGCUUUACAAGCACAAAUAUUUUGAAAAUUCGAUACGAGAAGGAAAUGAACCAGUCUGCCGACAAGAGCAUACCAGAUAAACUUAGUGCAUAAGUAUUAAGUUGGCUUAAUUUGGGACGAAGGUUAACUGGAAAGUGGAUAUGGCUGAUGGACUGAUGCUUCUCAGGUCAGCUUGGUUGUAGCAGCUGGCCGCGGUACUCCCAUGGAAAGUACAGACUUGUCGGCUGCGUGAUAAAAAGUAAAUCUACUAAGCCGAUCGUUGAGAAGAAGAUACACAUCGGAAGUGUACGAGGGGAUCAAAAUCAUGAAGACGAAAGUUAUAAUUUCCAAAUCCUAAGUGAAGACGAAUGUUGUGUUAUACUUCGAAUAAAGUAAUAAUUAAAUAUAAAAUAAAAUAUAAAGCUGAAA